AUACACAAUAUAACAAUGCAGAAAGUCGUUUCUGCCCAAGACAUGCAAGAUGCUGCAAUGAUUAAAUCUCACAGUCCGGUUUCCCAAUCUCUAGGCAAUGGAUAAACCACCUGAUUUCUCACCUGAGGGAAGGGAAGCAGAGCUGGAGGGGAUGACAGAUCCUGAUGUGUCUCAGUCUUCUGGCAGUGACAGACAGGGAAUGGAUAGCUCUGAUACAAGUCUGAACAUACAGGACCUUGACCCUGCAGCCUUGUGUAAUCUGAUAACCAGAGUAGGGUCAGUACCUCCUUUAUCCCCACUCUGCGACACCCCCUCCUCCCAGCAAUACUCCAGUCCCGAGACGGUCACAUCUACCUCAGAGGACUACUCCACUGCAGACACCUCCUGGCAGAGUCCACCCAUGAAGAAUAUGGGUGGGAUAGGAGAUCAAGGCCUUCUACGAGAUGACCCUUGGCUGUCAAGCAUGCCCAGAGGAGUAGGGGAAGGCAUGGAGUCAGAGGAUGGUGGUAAAGGCAACAGUGGGGCCCGACCAAAAGACAGACAACACAUGACCCGUCACAAGCGCAGGGAGCUGCUGGAGAAGCAGUCCAGUGGAGAGAGUGGGGAUGAAGGGAUCAUCUCACAGCUUAAGCUAUUGGCUUUAGUUGAAAAAAAAGAAGAGACACCAUCCAGUGGGACAGGGUUUUACUACGAUGAAAUCUUCACCAAACAUAAGAAUGAGUGGGAUGAAAAUUACCCUGAAUGCCCGGAGCGAGUGUCAGAACCAUUUGCUAGGUGCUGUGAGCUGGGACUGGUGGACAGGUGUGAGAAAGUACAGAUUACCUAUGGCACGGAGGAUCUCAUUAAAACUGUGCACACAGAUCACUAUUUGGAAAAGAUGAAGACUACAGUGAAUAUGACAGUAGAGGAGCUUAGGGACCUCUCACAGCAGUAUGACUCUGUUUACUUUAAUAAUAUGACUUACGAAUGUUCUUUGGUUGCACUGGGAGGAGUGGUCGAACUAAUGACAAGGAUUUUACACAAUAAGCUGAGGAAUGGUUUUGCUCUAAUCAGACCCCCAGGUCACCAUGCUGAGGAAGACAUGGCCUGUGGCUACUGCAUGUUCAACAGUGUGGCUAUAGCUGCUAGGCUUGCUGUAGAGAGUAUGGGCUUGGAGAGGGUUUUAAUCAUAGAUUGGGAUGUCCAUCAUGGUCAGGCUACACAGAAGACAUUUUAUGAUGAUCCAAGGGUAUUGUACUUUUCCAUCCAUCGUUAUGAAUAUGGUAAUUUCUGGCCGUCAUUGAGGGAGUCAGACUAUGACUAUAUAGGGGAGGGUGACGGGAAAGGCUACAACAUCAACGUCCCCUUGAAUAAAACAGGGAUGACCAACUCAGACUAUCUUGCUAUUUUCCAACAAGUUCUUCUUCCAGUGGCCUAUGAGUUCAGCCCACAGCUUGUUUUGGUGUCAGCUGGUUACGAUGCCGUCUUGGGAUGUCCAGAGGGUGAGAUGGAAGUUACACCUGCCUGCUUUCCCCAUUUGCUUCACAUGGUAUCUUCCUUGGCUGAAGGUCGGGUGUGUGUUGUUUUAGAGGGAGGAUAUUGUCUCAAAUCUCUCUCAGAGAGUGUGGCUUUAACUGUCCGUGGGUUGCUAGGCGACCCGUGUCCUGUGAUAGGUAAACAGGAGGAACCUAGUCAGAGUAUAACAGAAUCAAUCCUGAAUGUGAUCAAGGGGGUACAGCCGUACUGGAAGUGUUUUCAGUAUCAGCAGGGUGACAGCUUCUCAGACACCUGCCCCUACCCAGAGGUCAAUACCUGGCCACCUAAGCAGGGUAUCAUCUUUUCCACCCCAGAGAACAGACCUGAGAAAUAUGAUCUUACUGAUUAUGCCAGGCAUGAUGUAUCUGUGAUAAAGGCCAUGUCUGAGAGAAUAGACCAACUGAUAGAGUUUACCUCGCUCCAAGUUGCUCCUUUCAGAACCUGUUUGGUCUUUGAUCCAGACAUGAGAGCACAUAAAAACCAUGUUGAUUCAGGUCAUCCUGAACGACCUGACCGGAUCUCUCGAAUCUUUGACCGACAUGUGGAGUUAGGCCUCUUCCAGAAGUGUCUCAGAGUGAAGGCAAGGGAAGCAACUGAAGAGGAACUUGGUUUUGUUCACAGGUCCCACUAUAUUGAUGAAAUGCAGGGGCUGGCAAGCAUGUCUCCCAGAGAACUGUACAAGCUUCAGGAUGAUUACAAUUCUGUCUACAUUUGCCAGGAAAGUUAUCACUGUGCUGCUCUGGCAACUGGAGGAACCCUCAAUGUGGUUGAUGCUGUCCUGACAGGAAAGGCUCAAAAUGGUGUGGCAAUUGUCAGACCCCCUGGUCACCAUGCUGAACCUCACACUGCGAUGGGUUUCUGUUUCUUUAACACUGUCGCUGUAGCAGCAAAGUACGCACAGAAGAAAUAUGCAUUGAAACGCGUCUUAAUUCUGGACUGGGAUGUUCACCAUGGUAACGGAACACAACACAUGCUUGACGAUGAUCCAAGUGUCCUCUUCAUAUCUCUUCACCGGUUUGACCAUGGGUAUUUCUACCCUGGUUCAGAAGAUGGUGACUAUGGAGUUGUGGGCGUGAAAGAGGGGAAGGGUUUUAAUGUCAACAUUCCUUGGAACACAGAAAGAUUCUCUGGCAAACACGGCAUGGGGGAUUCUGAAUACAUCACAGCUUUCCAACAAGUGGUGAUGCCUAUAGCAUAUGAGUUCUGCCCAGAGUUGGUGCUGGUGUCAGCUGGAUUUGAUGCAGCACGAGGGGAUCCUUUGGGUGGAUAUGACAUCUCACCAGAGGGCUAUAGUCACAUGACCCACAUGCUGAUGUCACUGGCCAAUGGGAAUGUCAUUCUGGUGCUGGAGGGUGGUUAUAACCUGACUUCUAUCUCUAACUCAAUGGCUGCCUGCACAAGUAUUCUCCAGGGUGGACCCUGCCCACAGUUAGAGCCCUUAGAGCCAUGUGAUAGUGCUGUCAGAACAAUAAGAAAUGUAUUGAAUACACAGAAGAAAUACUGGAAGUGUCUGAAGUUCAGAGUGUGCAUUCCACUGGUGCAAACAGAGCAGCAGGAACAAGAGGAUGUGUCAGAGGUAACAGAUGCUAUGAAGGAUAUGUCAGUUGACAGCACAAACACAGAUGGUGAGAACUCUGGUGACAGGAAGGAAGAAGAUCCACUGGGAGCUGACAUUACUACAGAGGCAGCAGAUGGAGCCUGUGGUGGGUCAGUCUCAGCAGGUGUCUUCCUGGACCUACUAUCUCAGCAGGGUUAUGAUGCUAUGUAUGCCGUCCAGCCAGUUCCGUGGUGUCCACAUCUGGACACUGUCCAGCCUCUCCCUGCUCAAGGCCUCAACACUGCAGACCCUUGUGAAAAUUGUGGCAAUGUGGGAGAAAAUUGGGUCUGCCUGGUCUGUUAUAAGGUGUACUGCAGUAGGUUUGUGAACGAGCACAUGGUGUUACACGGUGUCACAGCGAACCACCUGGUCGUCCUUAGUUACGCUGACCUGUCAGUAUGGUGUUACGGAUGUGACACCUAUGUGGAUAACCAGAUUAUCCAUGCUGCUAAAAGUAUGGCACAUUUGUCUAAAUUUGGAUCAGCCUUGCCAGGAUCUUCCUCAAGAUGAUAUUUUGUCUCGUACCCUCUGAGAUUUGUGUCAGCUGACUGGAGUGAAAUGAUACUUUCUGAAAUAAAUUAGGAGGACAGUGGCAAGAAAUUGGAAAGAAGCAUGAAAACUGUUUAACAGUGCUGAAGUUAUUUCAGACAAAAUGAUAUGCUCAGGAAAUAUUUUCAGUAUCUGUUCCAAAAGUAUAAGUAGACUAACUUGCCUAAAUUUAGUUUUAACAAUUUAUCCAACUUGAAAAAAUGGAAUUUUAUUUUCAUCCUGUGAAAUCAUUCCCAAAUGUUUAACUAGCUAGUGUGUUCCCUGCGUUGAAGAAUUUUUGAAGCAAGGCAAACACUGAAUUUCCGGUCGCAGUGUUUUUUUUUUCUGAAUUAAGGCGACACCAAUUUUAGUUUGUGUUUUACGGGCAAGCUGACACUAAAACUUCUACAAAAGUUUAGGAAUGAAAUCCUCCUGUUUGCUACAUUUUUAUACCCUCUGCCAAUGGUUGGAGAAAGAUUUAUUCCACUUAAACAGAUAAACAGUUUAAAUUGGUCUGGCCUGUUAAUCAACUUCAGGAUACAUACAAUAUCUGUAUCAGUUCCCCAUGUUACCUACACUUUAAAAGCCCCUUUUUCCUUUUUACAUCAUCUUUGCAUGUAAUAAGUUUAUUACAUUGUUAGGUAUUGUCAUUUUCCAUGGUAAAAUUCUGCAAUAGGCUUUUUUUUUUGUGUCUCAAGUACCAUUACAGUACCAUUAAUGUCGAGUAAAACCUUUCGCCUAUAUACAUACAUGUAUUAGUGACUAAAUAUUCACAGACUCGUUGUGGGUUUCCCUUGGGUUCUGUGCGGUUUCCUCCCACCUUUUUGCUGGCCGCCGUCAUAUAAGUGAAAUAUUCUUGAGCACAGCGUAAAACAACAAUCAAAUAAAUAAAUAAAGACACAUUAUUCAUACAGCUGAUUAUUUCAGGAGCAGUAUCUCUGUUUUGAUCAAUAUGGUUUCAACUUUAGAGUUCCAAGUAAAUGAGCAAUGAUGGCAACACUGUAAUCAGUGCAUGAAGGUGUUCCACCCCAUGUGUAUACUCCGAAGCAUUUAUGUAAAUUUUGUACAUAAUCAGAAAAUAUAAUUUCUGAUGGAGUAUAAAAUAUUGGAGGACAAGAGUGGAGUAGGAGUAUUUGCAGAAAGAAAGCUACAUCUAGUCUGUAGACCAGGGAGGCAGGGUGACAGGGCCCAAAAUUUCUUGUAUCUGGUAUCAAAAUCAGUGUAACUGGUAUAUAAAUAUUCUUAAGUCUAUUCUUAAACUGUUUGUUCUAAAGAUAUAAAACAUCUGGAAAACUCAGUUAAACAUCCUUCUUAUAGUGCAUAUAUGAUAAAUUUUGUCCGAAAACAUGAAUUGGUUCUGGAAGCUGAUGGAUGGUGGAGGAAUGAAACACAAUACAUGGUCUCUUGAAAAACAUAGCAGAACUGUCUGUAUUCGGGUAGCAACUGUUGGUUUAUAGAAAUUCUAAACAAAAUGAAACAAAAAUAUUGCUUCUAGUUCUCUUAACAUUCAACUUUUGUGUAUUUUCAGUUUUAGUGUCAUGAAAGUCAGCACGAGUCAAUAUUAUAGUGGAAUAUUUCAACUGUUGUCAAUCUGUCGCCGUCCAUUUACAAAAGCUGCUUAGUCAAAAGACAAGUUUUGUGUUGGAAAUUGGACAUGGAUUCAACCAAACAGAGGGGAACCUCACAUCUGAAUUCUUUAAUGUUUUAUAAUACUGGAAAGCAAAGUUCUCAGUAUGUUUCAAAAGGUUGAAUAAUUUGGGUAAAUGUAAUAAGUGCAUCCACUUGGUUUGAUUUUUAUCCUAAAUUAUAAUUUAUCGUAUAUAUGUACUAGCUUUAAUUAUAUAAAGCCUUAUUAAGCAGCACCAGAACAUUGCAUUAUAGUGUAAAUUUGAUUGUUGUAUAUGGAUAUUUCAGCUAGUCUGCGACAAAUUUAGUAACUUCUCCAUCAUAACUGGAUUGGAUAAAAGUAUCUCGCUAUUAAAACAUAUUACAUAUCAUAUGAUACAAAGCUAUAUUUUUUUUUUAUAAAAUUCUUAAAUUUUUUUUUCUGAUUUCUUGUCCUAGUUGAGUGUAGAAGAUGAACUUUUAUUAGUAAUAUAAAUAUGUUUGUGUAAGGUAUAUAUGUGUACCCUGUUGAUGGGUAUCUUUUUGUUAACCUGUUCUAUUUGGUUAGAAAGUACAUACACAGUAGCCUACAGAAUUACUUCAUGGUGCCCUAUUCUACAUAGCAGUUGUAAACUGCACCUGGCACAAUUUCCAUGACAACAUACAGUGAAGAGAUAUGUCACCUUGAAAAAUGCGCUCGACGAAGUAUUGCAACAGCUUCGUAGAACUGUUGGGUUCAGGUAUGUUGAUAAAAUUAAGACCUCAAGUAAGUGAUUGUUAACAUUUUAUUUUAGUAUGUUGACUGGAAAAAAUAGGAAUAAAGAGAAAAGGACCAGUUUUAUAUGGAGUUUUUGGACCUGAUUUGUUCACCAGUAGGCCUAUUAUAUGAGCAAUAUCUCUCAUUUAAAACAAAUUCAAAUUGGUCUAAGCAAUGUGCACUUUUGUUCUUGUCUGUAAUAUGCGACUGUUUCUGUGUAGUUGUGUAUGUAAAACUAAGAGGUAGUUCACAAGCACUGCAGCAUAACAGUACAGAGAAUGGUAUGUUUUUAUGUAGCUUAGAACUGGCUUGUGUAAAUGAGAAAUGUUGAGUGAUCACAGGCAUUGAAUGUUUCAUUCCUAAACUAUAUAUACAUCUGUUGCUACACUUAAUUUUUUGUCAGAGGGAGUAUGGUACUCCUGACUUUGAAACACAGUGAGUAUGUAACCUCCAACUUUCCAAGUAGACUGUAUGGCAGAAGACAUUUUUUUUUCAUUUACUCAACACGUCACUAUUUUGGGUCACCAGUAAUACACCGGGAAAGUGUGAAGUUGAUCAAGUGAAAGGGGGUGAAGAAAAGACAUAGGCCGACAUGUACAGAGAUCCUUUAUAGGAGUACCUGGUAUACAAGUAGAUGUAGGCCUACCCUUUUCUGCCACUAAAAUCCACUUCUAAAGUUAACUUUUAGAGCAGUUACAAUGAGUUAAGUUAGAAGAAAUUCAAGCGAUCAC